CCGGAAAUUAACCGGAAGGGGUAAGAACAUUUCGCGCCAAAUUGAAACAACGGAGCAGUCACUGACACACUCUGAGAGGCAGGAGGGACGACGUAAGACACAAAUCAACGUUUCGGUCGUCAUUUCUCGGACAAGUUUAGCUAACAUGGAGGAGGCCAACAAACUAAUCGGCACGGGCAAGAAGCACCUGGUGAUGGGGAAGGUGGUGGAGGCAGUGAGCGCCCUGCAGGAGGCCUGCGGCAUGCUAGCUAAAAAGUAUGGAGACACAGCAGAUGAGUGUGGAGAGGCUUUCUUCUGGUGUGGUAAAGCGCUGCUGGAUUUGGCACGGAUGGAGAACUCUGUCCUAGGUAAUGCUCUGGAAGGAGUACCGGAGGAUGAGGAUGAAGAAAAACCCAAGGACUCAAACGUUGACAGCACAGAAAACAUUGAUGAAAAGACUAGAGAUGAGCUGAGAGUUCAGGUGUAUGAUGCCAUGGCAGAGAAAAAAAAUGAAGACUCUGACAAGGUUGAAGGGAAUAAGGCUGAAGACGAAGGGAAUAAGGCUGAAGACGAAGGGAAUAAGGCUGAAGACGAAGGGAAUAAGGCUGAAGACAAAGGGAAUAAGGCUGAAGACAAAGGGAAUAAGGCUGAAGACAAAGGGAAUAAGGCUGAAGACCAAGAGAAGCGUGACGUAGUAAAGGCUGAGAGUUGUGAUGAGCAGCAUGCCAGUAAAAAAGAUGAGAAAAAGAACAGCGAGGUUAAUGGAAGCAAAUCUGAUGAAAGUAAAGACGAGGUAGAAAAUGACAAGGAAGCCCAGAAAGAAUCGGGAGAUAAGGAAGAGAAAACAGAAGAUGAGGAGGAGGAGGAAGAAGAGGAAGAAGACUGUGAUGUAGAAAUGGAGGGCGAUGCAGAAGAGCAAGGAGAUGGCGCUGCUGAGAAGGACAGUGAUGACGAAGAGGAGGUGGGAAACCUGCAGCUCGCCUGGGAGAUGUUGGAAGUAGCUAAAGUCAUCUACAAAAGGAAAGAGGCUAAGGAGGAUCAACUCAUGGCAGCCCAGACUCACUUGAAACUGGGCGAAGUUUCUUCUGAAUCAGGAAAUUACACCCAGGCGUUGGAGGAUUUCCAGGAGUGUCUGAAGCUGCAGGUGAAGCACCUGGACUCAGACAGCCGUCUGCUUGCUGAGACUCACUACCAGCUAGGUCUGACCUACAGCUUGGAUCUCCAGUACAGCCAGGCCAUCGAGGAGCUGCAGAGCUCCAUCUCUGUCAUCAAGAGCAGGCUGGACAAACUGCAGGAGCUGCUCGACAAGGCCGAGGGCCCCGAGGCGCUGCCAGAUGAGAGGAAGGAGAUGGAGGAGCUGAAGGCUCUGCUGCCAGAGAUCCAGGACAAGGUGGAGGAUGCCACAGAGAGUCUGAAAGGUGCACUGGAUGGAGGCUCUACUUCCUCUGCAUUCCCUGGCUCCACUGUGCAGAAUGGAGACUCCUCAUCCAGCUCAAAGAUUAACAGCACGUCAACCAAUGAAGUCAGCUCUACCAACGAACACGCCUCUACAGCUCCAGUCUCUAACAUCUCCCACCUGGUCAGGAAGAAGAGGAAACCAGAGGAGAGUCCAGUGAAGGAGGGCGUUAAGAAGGUGAAGCAGAAUGACGGUCAGACUAACGCUGUUCACAAAGCCAACGGAGACACUAAUGGACACACCGACAGUACGGAAGUCAAAAGUCAGUGAAGCUGGACUCCUCCUGGUUUUUGCCUCCACCAAAGAAGAGAUUCGCCAACAGGCCGAGCCCUUACUGUCACUACACUUGUUUGCUAUGUGUAUCUUUUUCUAUACCUGUUGUGAUGUUAGUCUUUAUUCACAUGUGUAACCUAUAAAAUUUAAUAAAGAACAUUAUUUGAUAAA